AAGCCCUUGUGAAGCCGGCAAUGACAAGUCUGAAUGGUCGCCAUGCUGAAAAAACCAUUGACAUGCCAAAACCAUCAGCCCCCAGAGUGCACGUGCGGAGGUCUGUGUCCCAAGACACUGUCGCCAUCCACUUCUCGGCAUCCGGGGAGGAGGAGGAAGAAGAGGAGGAGUUCAGGGAGUUUCUUGAGGAGGGGCUGGACGACCAAAGCAUUGUAACAGGGCUUGAAGCCAAGGAAGACCUCUAUCUUGAACCUCGGGGUGGCCAUGACCCCUCUGGCCUGGCUGCCCAGCCCAUCCUGGCAGAUGGACCGUCUGGGUUCCCUGCCGUUUUGCCCGUUUCAGAAAACACUGUAAAGCUGUUGGAGGCCCCUCCUCCGGCAACACAAGUAUUAAGUACAGUGCUAUUGGCUCUGUCCCCAGGGUCAUCUUCAUCAGGGCCCUUAGCUAGCUCUCCCAGUGUGUCAUCCCUUUCUGAGCAGAAAACCAGUUCUUCUUCCCCAUUGUCCUCUCCUUCCAAGUCUCCUGUCCUCUCAUCCAGUGCCUCAUCCUCCACCCUUUCCAGCGCAAAACCCUUUAUGAGCCUUGUGAAGUCCCUGUCUACCGAGGUGGAGCCAAAAGAGCCCCCACACCCCGCAAGGCACAGGCACGUGAUGAAGACAUUAGUCAAGUCUCUGUCCACGGACACCUCCAGGCAGGAGUCAGAUACUGUGUCCUAUAAACCACCUGAUUCCAAGCUGAAUUUACACCUGUUCAAGCAGUUUACCCAGCCAUGAAACACAGGUGGAGACUCCAAAACUGCACCUUCUUCCCCGCUGACUUCUCCCUCCGAUACACACUCCUUUUUUAAAGUGCCCGAAAUGGAGGCAAAAAUCCAAGACACUAAGUGAUGUCUUUCAGAAGUCAUAUAUGAGCCUUUUCAGCUCCUUAGCAAAAUUAUAGGGGAAGAAAGUGGCAGCCAUAGACCCAAAGCCUUAUCUUCAAGUGCUUCAGAACUCUCCAACCUGUCCAGCUUGAACGGUCACGUGGAAAGCAAUCACAACGACAGCAUCAAGGAAGAGGAGCGUGAUUCCGAGGGGGAUGGCGAUGGAAGCGGCCCCAGCGGCCCCAGAAGUGACCACGCAAAGGCCACCGACGAGCCCCCGAAAGAGGCAGACCUGAAGAGUUCCCAGGGGAGCAGCCUGAAGGAUUUAGGCCUGAAGACAAGCUCUCUAGUCCUUGAGAAAUGUUCUUUGUCUGCCUUAGUGAGCAAAGAAGACGAAGAGUUUUGUGAACUAUACCCUGAGGAGUUUGAUUUGAGAAUGGAGGGCGAGGAUAAAAUUGAUAAGCUCCGAGAUACGCCUCUCAAGCCAGAGGAGCUGGCGGAUGAUGGCCUUGCUCUUGACAGCGAUGAAGAGAUGGACUUGGCCAUGCAGCGCCCGGAAUUACCAGUGAAGACACUGGGCUUCUUUAUACUGUGUGUCUAUGCGUACCUCAUCCUCCCUCUCCCCCGUUACAUGAGUGGACUCUUUCUGGGAAUCGGCCUGGGAUUCAUGACUGCAGUUUGCAUGGUUUGGUUUUUUAUACCACCAAGUGCUCAUAAAUACCACAGACUACAUAAAAACCAACAACACUGGAACACAAGAUCUCUGGAUAUCAAAGAACCAGAUAUACUGAAGGGAUGGAUGAAUGAAAUUUACAACUAUGAUCCAGAAACCUGCCAUGCAACUCUGACACAUUCAGUGUUUGUUCGACUUGAGGGUGGGACCUUAAGACUUUCAAAGCCCAAUAAAAAUAUAUUCAGGAGGGCAAGCUACAAUGAAACAAAGCCAGAUGUCACCUAUAUCAGCCAGAAAAUCUACAACCUCUCAGACAGCAAGAUUUAUCUUGUACCUAAAAGUUUGGCUCGUAAAUGAAUCUGGAAUAAAAAGUACCCCAUUUGCAUCGAGCUUGGUCGACAAGAUGAAUGUAUGUCCAAGGCCCAGACUGAUAAAGAGACUUCUGAAGAAAAGCUGCCAGCUGAGAGAGACCUGGGAAGCGAGGACCCUAAGAAGCCACCCCAUCCUCAGGAGGGAACAAGAUCUGGCCAGUGAGAUCAGAUACUGUAUCUCUUUGGGAGAACUGGCCGAAAAAAAGAGGGGUGGUUUAGGAGAUUUAUUCUGGCAUCUAAGCUGAAGUCGGAAACCAAGAAGCCACCUGGUGUCUCUGGAAGUAAACCAGGCGUUUUGCCCUCACACAGCAGGUACAGCAGUCCCUUGGGGCACCUGACCCACAGUCGCAGCAGCAGUAAAGGCAGCGUGGAGGAGAUUAUGUCCCAGCCGAAGCAGAAGGAGCUGGUGGGCAGCGUGUGGCAGAAAAUGCUUCUGGACUACAGUGUGUACAUGGCCAGGUGUGUCCCCCAAGAGAACCGCAGUCCCCAGAGGAGUCCCGUGCAGAGUGCAGAGAGCAGCCCCACGGCUGGGAAAAAGCUCCCCUACUUUAUGAAUGAGUUAACUCUGAUGGAACUUGACAUGGGGGUGGCUGUGCCAAAAAUCCUUCAGGCCUUCAAGCCUUAUGUUGAUCACCAAGGACUCUGGAUCGAUUUGGAAAUGUCCUACAAUGGGUCCUUUCUGAUGACUCUUGAGACCAAAAUGAAUUUGACCAAACUAAGUAAAGAGCCUCUUGUUGAAGCCCUGAAGGUUGGAGAAAUUGGCAAAGAAGGUUGCAGGCCCAGGACUUACGGCCUGGCUGACAGCGAGGAGGAGUCCUCCAGUGCUGGCUCCUCCGAGGAAGACGAUGCACCAGAGCCCAGCACGGGAGAUAAACCAAUUCUUCCAGGGACCGAAGGGUAUGUUGGAGGUCAUCGAACAAGUAAGAUUAUGAGGUUUGUUGAUAAAAUUAUCAAGUCAAAAUAUUUCCAAAAAGCAACGGAGACAGAAUUCAUUAAAAAGAAGAUUGAAGAAGUCUCCAACACACCCCUGCUGCUAACUGUAGAUGUACAAGGAUGUAGAGGAACCUUGGCAGUCAACAUUCCACCUCCCCCAACUGACCGAAUAUGGUAUGGUUUCCGGAAGCCACCUUACGUAGAGCUGAAAGCUCAGCCAAAACUUGGAGAGAGAGAAGUGACUUUAGUUCAUGUGACAGACUGGAUAGAGAAGAAACUGGAGCAAGAGUUUCAGAAAGUUUUUGUCAUGCCAAACAUGGAUGAUGUCUAUAUCCCUAUAAUGCACUCAGCCAUGGACCCUCACUCCACUUCCUGCCUCCUGAAAGACCCGCUUAUGGAGGUCGCCGAUCAGCUGUGAUGGGUGAAGGCCUGACGUUGCCAGUCUUAUGAGAUCUAGCUCCAGGUGUGGGGUUCUUGGCUGCCUUCUGUGCUGUAGCACAGGCCUUUCCUCGUGCCACAGCUUCUGCCCUCUGCCUGCCAGUGCCCAUUCCACGGUGAGGUGUCAUUCCAUGUGCCCAGCCACCGGUGUCUGGAUUGCCUACUGCAAAGCUUUGACUCAAAGGAGAUGAGAAGAAUCAUCACCAUAGAUCCAGAGGUUAUGUGACUCC